ACAUUUGCAGAUAGCCUGCAGGCAGAGAGAGGAAGCGACAGGCUGCAGGAAGUUUGUCAGCGCCUUUAUAACCACCAUCCAACAAAACAAAGUAAUACUGAAUAUAAAGAACUACGUCAGGAGCUCUGUGUGAACAACGCUGACAGUGCUUCAGGUUGUCUUCUGUGUCCUAAUGGUUGGAUUCUACAUGGAGACGACUGUUAUUACUAUUCAGAUGUAACAGAGAGAACAUGGAACCAGAGUCGGGAUCAGUGUGAGAAGAUGGGAGCUGAUCUACUGGUCAUAAAGAACCAGGACCAGCAGGAGUUUAUACAGAGAGAUCUCAGACAGUGGAUAGAGAACACAUACUGGAUAGGACUUCACCGUGAUGGAGACGGCUGGAGAUGGGUGGAUGGAGAACAUUAUAACAGCAGCUUGAUCCAGAUAAAGACACGACCAUCAGGACGCUGUGUAGUAAUGACUAGAUCUGGUUAUUAUCAGGAGGACUGCAGAUCCCCUAACAGAUGGAUCUGUCUAAAGAAAGCCGUGAGGAUCUGACCUUUAUGUAAUGUACAUGAAGCUGAAUAAAGUUAUAAAAACUUUCCAUUAGAUCUGUGGGUUCGGGUGACUGCAGACACGGCAGAUUUGUUACAGACAUUUCUGUCUCAUUCCUCUGGAUGGAGCCGGCAGAGAAUCAUCAACUUGAUAAUUGGAACAAUUUUUUUUGAGAUU